AUGCCCAUCGGCCUGCUAUUGAUUGCGGGCAUACCGACGACCAUAGGUGUUUGCGAGGCGUUGAGCGCGCAGAAGAAGGCGAAUGCAUCGGCCAAGGAAAAGGCAAAAUUCCACCUGACCGUUACUGUUUCGCUUGAUGGAAGGGACCCAGUCGAGUGCUGGUGCAUCUUGAAAGAUGGGAAGCUUUGGAUCGACCACCCCGCGUUCCCAAUGCCUGGCCACAAGUUCACCGGCUACUAUUUCACAUACCCGUCCGAGGCCAAGCACAUGGGACUUGUCAGCACAAUCGCCGACGACCCGCCCAUGCUCAACUGGAUCUUUGUGGACAAGGACACCAAGAUGGUGCGCCAUGGAGGCCGGCAGGACACCCUGGGCGGCCACACCAUCGGGCCAUGGUACUGGAGCGAUGACGAGCAGUGGUUGACGUUGGAGGGCGAUGCGACCCGGUUUGCGGCUGUUCAGACGGAGGACAAGAAGUGGGCAAUUGCGUGGGAUGCUGAUGGCCGGUUCAGCAAGAAUGGGGUCGCUGAAGAAGUAAGCGGCACGGAAACGGAAACGGAGCCUGAAACGGUGGAAACGGAGGGGGUGGCGGACUUCACACCACGUCCGAAGAAAUGGGUGCCCGUCAUGCUUCACAGGAAGAUGCAACUCGGGAUGGAAAGUCGAUACGUCAAAGGGGCGAACGGAUGA